UGUAAACAAGGUGGCCAUGGCUGAACAAGGUGGUGGCCCUGGCUUGAUGCAUGCCACCGGCAUGAAGCACCUAAUUCAGACCAUGCACCGAUGACCCCGGCCACUCCUACUCGUCUAGUUGUGCACGAAGAACCUAAUCCAGACCGUGCAGGGGCUGACCCAACUACUACCUGAAAUAACGGGCAUCUUUAUAUAUAUAUAAACAUGUCGCACGCCGCCAGCGAGCUAGAGAGGCCAGGCCACAACGGCGCCGAGUAGCAGCAGCUGCGCGCUAGGCCAGAGAUGGCGGCCUCGGCGGCGCACGCCGCGGUGCUCGCCGCCGCCCUCCUCCUCCUCCCGUCCCUCCUCGCGCCCGUCGCCGUGGCGCAGCCGCCCAAGGGCGCCAAGGCGUUCUGCAUCAGCCAGUUCGCCAUCGCCAGCCAGGCGUGCUCCAUCCUGCCGCCGAGCCCUCCCGACGAGCAUCACCACCACGACGACGACGACGACGACGACGAUGAAGAGGACGAUGACCACGAAGACGACGAGCGUCGUCGUGACCGCGACCGCCGUCGUCGCGGCCACCGCGCGGCGGCGAUCAGCCUCUCGGCCUUGAUGGCGAGCAGCAACGUUAACGGCAGCCAGCACGGCGCCGCCGCCGUCGCCGUGAACCGCACCGGCGGCCACCACCACGGCAACCGCACCCGUGGCGGGCACGGGCGCAGGCGCGGCCGGGGACGCGGCCGCCUGCGGGACGGCGACGACCAACACGACACGGAUGAUCCCGACCACGACGAUGACCACAGCGGCGGCGAUGACCACCACCACGACGCCGACGACCCCGAUCACGACGACGAGGAGCAUGAGGACGACGACGACGCUCACCACCACGACACCGACGAUCCCGACCACGACGAUGACCACGACGACGAUGAUGAUGACGACGACGACGACGAUGAUGACGACCACCACGACGAGGAGCUCCGAGCGUACCGCGACUGCUGCCGGUGGCUCAAGGAGGUGCAGAAGGACUGCGUCUGCGAGGCGCUGCUGCGGCUGCCGCCGUUCCUCGUCAAGCCGCAGCACACGUACGUGGUCAGGGUGGGCAGGACGUGCAAGAUCACCUACCGCUGCGGCGGCGUCUAG